GCGUGUUUUCCUUGCCGCUGAUAUGAGCCAUUAGUGGUUGGCUUUGUUUACCCCCGCGCGUGAUUGCCUCAGAUGUCGAGGCUGGGCCCGCCGCGCAGAAGUGGGAGGCGCGCGGCGCCUGUAAUGCCUUGUGACAGGUAAUCCAAACACAUAACAUUAGAAUAAGCAGCAGUCACUGAUCCAGCUUGCUCAAAAGGCCCCUCAGGCAUUCGCACACAGUCUCUUGCAGUUGCAGCAUAGUUCGGCGGACUAAAAAUACCGCUCCUUCCCCGUAAGAGAAAUUCCCUGCAAUUUUUUGGGGAGUCGAGAAAGCGAGAGGAGAGGAGAAAAAAAGGCAGAAGAAGACCCUUGUGUCGCUAGCAAUCAUUUUAUUGCUGCUGUGUUGCUGCACACACUUUGUGCGUGCAGCAACGGGCUCUGUGUUCUCUGAUUCAGACCCUUUUUUUUUUGUUAUGCCUUUUUAUUUAAGUUAGUGUUUGAUGCCCCAUUUAGAAAUUAUAAAAUGAGGGCUUAUGUUUGCGAGGCCGUCAGUCAGCAGAGAUUUUAUGAUGGAUGAUAGAUUAUAGAUGAUAUUGCAUCAUUCCUGCAUUAUUCAUCUGAUAAAAAAGGGGUAUGAUAUCCACCAUUUCUUUUUUUUUUAAUUUAUGCAAAAGAUAUAAUUUCUGAUAUAAUAAUCGGAAAUAUAUUUUUCUUGUCUGCACUCUUUGUUUGACAUGGGGGUGAGAUCCGGGGCUGAAUGGGAGCGAACCCCCGUACUCCAGGCAGGGUGAUAUGCAGUGAUACUGAGCAGAGCGCCGCGACAGAAGAGUCGAUUUCCUUCCAGGCCGUGCAAGACUCCUCAUCCUAACCCAGCGGGCUCAGAGCUCAGGGGCUUUCCACACGGCUCUGAGGUCACGCUGGAGAUGAAGGGGCCGGAGAAGACCCUGGAGGAGAGGCGCUCCAGCCUCGACGCGGAGAUCGACUCCCUCACCAGCAUCCUGGCCGACCUGGAGAGCAGCUCGCCCUACAAGCCCCGGCCGGCACAGACCUCCUCCACCCUGCCCGCCAGCCCCGGGGCCCCCGUCACCGGCUACAAGCGCAUGGUCAUCCCCACCCAGCCCCCCCUCACCGCCACCAAGAAGUCCACCCCCAAGCCCCCGUCCUCCGCCGCCUCCAGCCCGGGCCCCAGGCCCCCGCAGCCGGCCCCGCCCCCCCAGCCCGUGGCCGCCUCCUACGCCACCGCCUCCACCCCCAGCCAGCCCACCUUCAACGUCCAGGUGCGGUCGGCCCAGCCGGGCCCCCAGCACCAGGCCCCGGGGGGCCCCCAGCACUACGCGCCCCAGCCGCAGCCCGGCCGCGCCGGCCCCGCCCAGGUCCAGUACGUGCCCGCCCAGCCCAAGGGCCCCGACUUCGCCUACGGGCCCCCACAGCCGGGGUUCUCCCCCGUGGGCCCCGGGGGGUACCAGGAGCCCCAGUACCCGGGCCCCGGGGGGUACCAGGACCAGCAGUACCCGGGCCCCGGGGGGUACCAGGACCAGCAGUACCCGGGCCCCGGGGGGUACCAGGAGCCCCAGUACCCGGGCCCCGGGGGGUACCAGGACCAGCAGUACCCGGGCCCUGGGGGGUACCAGGACCAGCAGUACCCGGGCCCCGGGGGGUACCAGGAGCCCCAGUACCCGGGCCCCGGCCAGCAGAACGCCUGGAGGCCCGAGCCGGCUGCCCCAGCCCAGGCCUACCAGCCCCCGGCCCCCAGGAAGACCUUCAUCAACGACCCCCCGGCCAGCCUGGCUCCCAUGUACGGGGAACAGCCCAUGGGGCCGCCCAAGGGCGUCCCGGCUGGCGGCCGUCCAGAGGAUGAGCUGGAGCGCCUCACCAAGAAGAUGCUGUUUGACAUGGAGAACCCCCCCACCGAGGAGUACUUCGGCCGCUGUGCCAUGUGUGAGGAGAACGUGAUGGGGGAGGGCACCGGCUGCACGGCCAUGGACCAGGUGUUCCACGUGGACUGCUUCGUGUGCCGGACCUGCAGCUCCAAGCUGAGGGGGAAGCCCUUCUACGCCGUGGAGAAGAAGGCCUACUGCGAACACUGCUACAUCAACACGCUGGAGUCGUGCACCAUCUGCAGUAAACCCAUCAUGGAGCGCAUCCUGCGGGCCACGGGGAAGGCGUACCACCCGCUGUGCUUCACCUGCGUGGUCUGCCACCGCAGCCUGGACGGGGUCCCCUUCACCGUGGACGCCGCCAACCACAUACACUGCAUCGAGGACUUCCACAAGAAGUUCGCUCCGCGCUGCUGCGUGUGUUCUGAGGCCAUCAUGCCGGCACCCGGUCAGGAAGAGACGGUCCGGAUCGUGGCUCUGGAUCGGGACUUCCAUGUCCAGUGCUACCGCUGUGAGGACUGCGGGGGCCUCCUCUCCGAGGGGGAGACUCAGGGCUGCUACCCUCUGGACGGCCACGUCCUCUGCAAGACCUGCAACUCCAACCGCAUCCAGGCCCUGACCGCCAGGGCCACCACCGACCUCUGAGCCUGACCUCUGACCUCUGACCCCGCCCCCCUGGUACCUCCACUGGGUUCACCCCCCCCUGCCCUCCUUUAGGUCCUCCUCCGUUGUGAGGUGGUGUGUUUAUUAUGUGCUUCGCUCUCUCUCUCUCUCUCUCUCUCUCUCUCUCUCUCUCUCUCUCUCUCUCUCUCUCUCUCUCUCUCUCUCUCUCUCUCUCUCUCUCUCUCUCUCUCUCUCUCUCUCUCUCUCUCUCUCUCUCUCUCUCUCUCUCUCUCUCUCGCCCACACACACGCGCAUGCUUCCCUCCACCCGUUCGUGUUCUUGGCGGUCCUCAGAAUCCUCUCUGUCCUGUUGUACAUUCGCCCGUAGGGCUGCCCUGUGUGCCUAUCACGUCCUUCCGUUCAAACUGUGAGUGUCCGCCUUCGUGAUGUGACAAAUCCACGGCAUCACUAACUAUAGGAGAUCUAGGCUUGUGGUUGGUCAUUGGAAUCGGUGUCAGCCAAUAGAUGGCUGAGGACGGCUUUAGAGUGUUGAGGUGUUAAAGAUCCGAGCCAGUACUGGGGGAACCCCCUCGAGUGGGUGACCCUUGGCUCUGUGAACUGGUAAGUGAUUUAGUACCGGUUAUAUGAUACAGUACCUUGACCUAAUCCUGCCAUAGGAGUUUUCAUUAGAACUCAUAAGUAUUUUCAGUGUCGAGAAACGAAACUCUAGAGUCUCUUUCACGUUUUAUCUGAGGAAAUAUCAGAGAGAUAUUUGGUGAGGGUAGCUACAUUGAUAUAGAGAAAGAAAGGGUGAAAAUUAUUUUGAUUUUCUUUUGUUCAGGUAAUUUUGCUUUGAUAAAAUGUGUUUGGUCCUUUUUAUUUUUCAUUUCCCUCCUGUAUUUUAUCUGUUUUUAAUAUUUCUGUGAGCAUUGUGUAGAUUAGAUAAUCUCUCGUCUCGACUACAAGCAUUCCCUCUUUCUGCGUCACCGGUUAGAGUUUGGCUAUGCAAUUAUGUAAUAUUAAAAUGUGUUGACACUUUAUUGUAAUAUGCGGAAUGUUCAUGCAUAAGGAAAUAUUUUAACUGUACAGAACAAAAUUCAUAAGUGUCCUUACGAGUGACCCACUGUCACGUUGGUUGGUGCGAGCCUGAUCGAUGGAGUCGCAUGUCGGGAUCAAUCUGAGCUGUUGACACUUUAUCUUUGAUAUAGUUAGUGUCCGCUCCUUAGAAAGGAUGAUUGACAAAUAAGGGAAUAGGUUUCCCAAGUAUUAACGUUUUUUUUUUUGUAUAUUUUGGGAUAUUAGAAUCAAGGACCAAUUACAUUUUUCGGGCCAAACUAAUUUUUGAAUUACAUUAUAGUUUUACAUUUUUGAUUACAAAUCAGAUUAAUUUUUUAAAGACCAACGGGACUUUGUGUUUGUUUGGUCGACCAUAACCUUAUCUUGUAAAGCUGGUAAAUGAUAUAGAAAAUAUAAUACCGUUGGUGACCUCGUUCAAUUGGAUGGACCAAUGAGAUAGGGUGGAAUUUGAAUGAAUUAAAAGGUACAGUAUUCUGCGAUUUAUUACAUAGAUAUAUUACAUAACCACAUAUUGCAGUGGUUGGGUACAAUUUGUGUGCAUAACGUACAAUCAUUCUUGAAAUGUGUAUUAAUUUCAGUGCCUUUUGGAGUGAAGAGAAUAUAUGUUGGUUUGUAUUGAGGAGUGUUUACUCGAUUAAAAGUCCAAGACUGGAGCACAGUUCUUAACAAGCCAUUUAAAUCAGCACUUUGACUUUUAAAAGUGCCCUUAAGUGUGGUGACGUUUUUUAAUUUAUUCAAUAAUUGUCAUUGUUGUGCGCUACAUUACUUUCUACGGCUAAUUCUUCCCAAGCAUGAAAAAAUAAGCCCAAAACACACUCGAAGCUUAACGCUGUCCCUCUUUUUAUAAUCUAUAGUCUAACAUAAUCAAACUACAAUUCCAGACAAUGGCGCAAACUUAAACACAAAAUGUGCAAUCAGUCGCCUGACUUAAGCUGGGGCCGCGUGUCUCUUUCUCCACGUGUCUCUGCAGACAUGUUUCCCAUUUGAAGUCCUCAAAGAACACCUUAAAGAUGGAUACAACAUGUUUAUGUGUUAGCUCAUUAUCCUGGUUCGGUCGCCAAGAGCUUCCCUUGUCCACAGUACAACACAUUAAAGUCCGGAAAACACAAACAUUCCCAAAACCCAUUGGGAAGAACGAAGAACCAGAGAUCCAGGGAAUGCUAGCAGGUUUCUCAAAUGCUUAAGAUAGCGUAAUGUUUGUGUACAGUAAUGCUCAUCUAAAUUUUAAAUGGCGGUAUUUUUUUAAAAGGCCACAAUAUGCAUCCAUUAUUCAGAACCACACCUACUUACCACGUCUUGUUCUGAUUCUUAUCCACUGUGUGCUAACAUGCGGCUAACUCUGAGUCACGUUAUGCUAACGUAGCUGGUGACAUCUUUGGCUAAUAUCAACGAUAAGCGAAGCCAGUUUAUUCUAAGACCUGUGUGUGUCACAGAAGAAAAUUAAAAGCUGUCCCUUACGAAAUUGCGCUAUGGCGGACAUUUACAUAAACACAUUUUCUACUACUUAACAAAUAUUAAGGAAAUGUACAUUAUACCAAUAUCUAAAAUUUGAGUUCAAACAUUCCAAUUUUAAGCAACAUUUGUCAGAGUUGAAGUGUGUAACUGCUUCAUAAUUGGAAAUAAUCCAAAAAGUUAGUUUUAGAAGGUCAGAAGACGUAUUAACAUAUCCCCGCUCAUGUCGUAUGCACAGCAUCUCUGUUUCUGCAUUUCAAACAAAACACGGACAUCAAGUUUUAAUGCGAAGCAUAAACACUAUAUUCUCGAGACGUUUAAAAUGUGCGUGUAACACGUCACUUAAAGGACUUUCAAAUGUCAAACUGUCGAGCAAAUGGCUUAUGAACACCUAUUCAUAUAGAGGUUGGCUUAAAGCGUGUUAAAUCUUUAAAGGGCCCUGUUGAAUUAAGAAACUGUUUGUAAGUGGCCUAAUGUUAUUCCUGCAUACAUCAGUGUUCCCCGCAGACCGCUAAGUCUACGUUUUGCUUUUCUUUUUUUUAAAUGUGAAUCUGCUCCAAAAACCUCCAAGCUUCACCUAUAUAAAAACACAUUUCAUAAUUAA